AGCAACAGAGCUAUACAACAUGGCGGACCAAUAUGAAGCAUUCCGUGCUUCGUCCAUGGAUAAUUUGCAGCCCUGUUCAACAUGUGGGCGAACUUUUGUUCCUGAAGUUUUAGUGAAGCACACCAGAAUCUGCCAGAAGAAUGCACAGAAGAAGAGGAAAGUGUUUGACUCUGGUCGGAUGAGAGCUCAGGGGACAGACAUCCCUGUUAACAAGACACAACGGACACAGCCACUAGGCACACAGCCUAAGACGACCCCGACAAACUCAAAGCAGUCCAAGUGGAGGCAGCAGCAUGAAGACUUCAUCCGCAGCAUCCGCGCUGCCAAGGAGACAGACGUCGCAAUCAAGACAGGGAAACCGCUGCCACCGCCCCCUCCUCCUGCUAUUAACCCUGACUACGUCCAGUGCCCGCACUGUGAGAAGAGAUUUAAUGAGACAGCUGCAGAGAGACAUAUUCCCUGGUGUGCAGAGCAGACCAAGAGAAUACCUAACAAGAAAAACCAAGAUGCAAAAUCAAGGAUGAAUGCAAGAACACAGUACCGUGCCCCCCUCCCUGGGAAGAAAAAAGCAGCAGCCAAUUCGACAUCACGGAUGACAUCCACUGCCAACAGUGCCCAGAGCAGGGGAGUGUCCAGUGGGUACGGUGCACAGAAUGGGGCAAGGAGAAUGCCAGGUGCCACCUCCUUGUCCAAUGGCAGCUCAGCAGCCACAGCCAGAUCUGCAGCAAACAGAGGGCCUGCGGCUGGAGGAAAAGGAAGAUCACAGUAUGGGUACCAGAACUAUGACAAUGACAGUGACAAUGAUGACAGCUAUGACAGGAGAGAAUCAAGUCCCUUGGACCACGGGCGUGGCGUCAUGCUCAGGACAGGCCGGGUCAACAACUCACCCCCUGUGCGACAGGCCAAUCAGAGACCUGCUAACAGAUCAUCACCAGCCAAUGCUGCCAGAAGAGGCAACAGUGGGUUGAUGGGUGGGAUGAACUCUCGUACACCGACUCCGCCGUCGGUCAACCGCGGGCGCCCCCCCUCCGGUCCGUCUUCUGCGACACGGAGAAAGAAUCCUGCAGCCAACCACAUGUCUGCAAACUCUAGAUAUGAUGACUAUGAUGAGUAUGACUACCAGUCUACAGGAGAUCUGCCGGAGAGACUGACACAGGCCAUGCGGCUGGGAAGCACAGAAAACAUCGCUGGGAAGACGGCUUCCAAGUUUUGUCAUGAGUGUGGGACACGAUAUCCGGUCCCAAACGCUAAAUUCUGCUGCGAAUGUGGAACUCGUAGGAUAUGGCUGAUGUAAAUGAAAGAAAUGUAAUGCAAAUCUAAUGUAAAGGA